GGGGAUGAUGAGGUUUCGAAUGACGUCGAAUUUGGGAAUGAAUCGAUGCAUCUUUUGUACAGUUUUUUGCGUAUCCAUGACGCACAAAGGAUUGGCAGAGGUAAAUUGCAAGUUUAACGAGCCCAAUAUCGACGAAAGGUUGGACACCCGAAGGAUUUCGGUCAAGUUGAACUUGACAAGUUCCCAAUAUCGAUGAUAUUGGGUUUAGGAAGGGAUAUCGCUAUCGCAUAUCUAUAUAAUUUAUUAAUCGAGCAGUUGGCCACUUGUGCGUGCGUGCAUGGUUCGUUUCCAUCGAGGUGAAACGUUUCUCCGUCGAGGUCACCUGUAAAUAAGCGACGCGACGCAGGAUACGAAAAUUAUUUCGGGAUAUAAAUUUUCGUUUUCCAUUUGUGUAUAAAUGUGCGAAUAAUAUUUUUCGUCUCGAUAACGGUACACUUUUGCGGUACCAAUUGGUGAACCUUAAGGUAUGUGCGUACACGGAAUAAAUAAUGCAUAGAGUUGAUUAAAUGAAUAUGUAUCCAGAUUCCCGAUACUUUACGAAGUUUCGGUUAGACGCCAACAGAGGCAUCCGAUGGUAUCGAGUUUAAUACAAACAUCGUUCUCGACUAAAUCAAAUGGUAUCGAAUAUUGCUAACGGUAUCGAAUUAAGCCACAACGAGAACUUCCGAACGAAUAGAAUUUAUUCAUCGACGUUCAAAGUUAAUCGACCUAUCCCCAAUUGCAAUGAUAAUAGUUUCUGCGCGGAACGGUUUGAGAGCCGCUGUGACCCAGUGUAUAAUAAUGUUAUUUAAGUAUCCUUUCGAUACGUUUACUCUCUGUGCAUUUCAAAGAAUAAAAAGGACGAGCGCGAAGGAGCUUCGGGGCGCGCGCGCGUGCGAGCGUCCAGUUAAGGGUGGUUUUCGUGAGAAGGAUCGACGCAGAGCGAAAGGCAAGAGAGAAGGAGGGCGACGAUUGGUCGGGGCUUGAGGAUGCAGUGCCGUCUCAACGAAUGGUCACGGUGGGCACGUUCCAAGGGGCCCUAUGGGAAUGUACAACAUGUAUGUGAAACAUGUAUGUUGCAGUGAAUGAUGUAUGUGGCAUUAGUUUAGACGUGGUCUUCAACCUUCUUUCUUUUCAGGGGGGAAUUAAGGGGAUGCUAUUAACACUAAACCUACCACGACCGUUUUCAAACUUUCUUAUACAGUUCUUAUAUGCAAUAUAUGAAUUAUACAGGGUGUCCCAAAAAUGUUGUAACACCUUGAAAGGGUAGAUUCGGGAGGUGAUUUGAAACAACUUUUUCCUUAGCGAAAAUGUUGUCCGAGGCUUCGUUGAGGAGAUAUUAACAGAAAACACUGACCAAUCAGAGCGCGCGGAUACCGUUGGAGCGGCCGCGGUAGCGAAGGCUAUGUGCUAAGCGGCCGCGCUCGUACGCGAACAAGUGACACGACGCGUAUCGAAGGUUGAGAUGGCGUGAACUGCUACUUUUGAAUCACUCGUGAUUCAAUCACGUUCAUUCUCAAUCACGAUGAUUUUUCACAGUGAUUCGUGAUUCUUCGUGUUCGCUUCUGAUUGGCACAGAACAUUCUUUUCACUUUUCACGAAUUAUGUUAGUCUUCGGUUAUAUAUACAUAAUAUUGUUCAGGACACCUUUUUUUCAGCAAAAACACAAGGUUGAUUCGUCUAAAAUAUAGAGGUUUAUUAUUAUUACAUAAUAAAUAGUUUGUGCACGUGCUAUAUUACCUAACCUAAAAUACUAACCUAAGAUAUAGAGAAUCAACAAUAUAAUGUUUGUGCUUCCCUAUGUUUUCUAUACGUACUAUUAUUAGUAUAUUAUAUUAUAGUAAAUAUAUUAUAUAUAUAUUAUAUUAUAGUAAAUAAACUACUAUUUAAUUAUUUAUCUAAAUUGUCUGUUUAAAAAUAUCUUUUUAGUUUCUCUGUCUAUCUCCACUACCGUCCUCUGUGGAACAUAAGUCUCGCUCACCAACCUAUACACACGCUUACCAACCUAUACACAAAGCUUACAUAUGUAUUAUAAUAUGGUCUAAAAUCAGUGUUAAUAUAAUUUUAAUACACUUUAAAUUUGACUCAUUUGUAGUUCCUUGAAUUUCCGCUAAGGGGAGACAGUGAUACACUAACGAUAAUAAUUAACAUGAAUCGCUUCUGAAACGUCAUCUUCCGGAUCACGGUCGUGAUCGAAAUCACUAACAGUGAUUUUUCACGCCAUCCCUAAUCGAAGGACAUUGAACGCGGCCGCUUAGCUCGUAGCCUUCGCUACCACGGCCGCUCCAACGGUAUCCGCGCGCUCUGAUUGGUCAGUGUUUUCUGUUAAUAUCUCCUCAACGAAGCCUCGGACAACAUUUUCGCUAAGGAAAAAGUUGUUUCAAAUCACUUCCCGAACCACCCCUUUCAAUGUGUUACAACCUUUUUUGGGACACCCUGUAUAGCGAGGGUGGUUGGGAAGCCCCGUGAACCUAGAGUCGAUACGGGCCUGAGAGGAUGCGUGGUCCGCUCAACCCGGGCACCACUGGCACUUUGUCCAGUCUGCCGCCGACCGCCGUAGAUGCGCGGUCAGUCUCUCCCCACUCUCGCUUCCGGUUACGCGCAACCACAGUCACCUCUCGCCGACCGAUGACAAAAGAACGCCGCCGCGCGUACUCCUCCGCGCCAUGCACAGACACGACAUAACGCGCCUCUAUCGAGAGCUGUGAUCCAGCGUUAAAGGAAAGAUCCGAUCUACGUGUGCAAUGGUGUCCGCCUGACUCCCGUGUCCUGAUCCUCCGGCGGAGGAACGUGUCUUUCCCAUCGACCACGUCGACGCCGAUUCGAAAACGACCCCAGGGUCAACCACCCUGCGCCCAGUUUCGCGAACUCGUCCUCUGAAUGCGAUUGUCCCGUGUUUUCCUGCCCUCGACCCGCCACGCCGUCGUCCUCUCCAGGCUCUUAUCGAAUUUUCACCGAGAGGACCGAGCCUGCAACCUUCCACGGAGAAACACACUGGCUGCCUGGCUGCCCUCCUCUGGCGAGCUCGGAGAACCUGAGGACGGUCGGGCCGCGGCGUACGAAUGAAGAUAACGAGGAUGAGAGUAAAGAAGAGGGAUGAAGUAGCCGUGGUGUGACCCGUGACAGCAAAAAGGCCGGACAAGGAGGGUCGUGGUUCGUCAGAAGGGAUUUUCAGAGGCAGCCAAGGGCUAACCAGGAAUGGCUACGCCGCCGGACUCGCCGGGACCGGAAGAGGCACUUUUUGACUUCGAGAGCUCCAGAACUAGGCAACAAACCACCCGACCGGUCGCUCUCGAGGAACUCCUCCGGCUGACCAAGUUCUCGCGACAGGAAAUCCGAGUUAUGUACCGAGGUUUCAAGCAGGAGUGUCCGGAGGGUGUGGUGCACGAGGACUCAUUUAAGGACAUCUACGCGAAAUUCUUCCCCCAUGGCAACUCUAGCCUCUAUGCCCACUACGUGUUCAAGGCCUUUGAUGUCAACUGCAACGGCGCCAUCAGCUUCAGGGAUCUUCUGGUGACUUUGUCAACGCUGUUACGGGGAAGCAUCUACGAGAAGCUACGAUGGACGUUCAAGCUGUACGACAUAAACGGCGAUGGAUGCAUCACCAGAGGGGAGCUAGGAGAAGUAGUGACGGCUGUGCACGAGCUUAUGGGCAGGCGGCAUCACGCCGAAGAGGAGAGAAAAGCGAGGGAACAGUUGGAUAGGGUGUUCAAGAAACUCGACCUAAACCAGGACGGCGUAAUAACGAUCGAGGAAUUUAUAGAAAGCUGCUUAAAGGAUGACGUGAUCACUCGGUCCCUGGCAAUGUUCGAUUGCGCGCUUUGAUCUCCGGCGAAGGAAGAGCCCCCGGCAGUGACCACGACGCCGCCAACGCCGCUCUCCACCACGACAACCUUCUCGCAGUCCCAGUCGCCUUCGCCACCGCCGCCGUCCUACUCUCUGCUGCCACCGAUUCCACCGCCUUUGCCUUCUCAACCACCUCCAGGUUACACUGUUCAGGAUCAGGAGUUGUACAUGCUUCUAGCGGCGCACUGGUGGAAUCAACCGGAGGCACCGCUCUUUUGUUAAGGGAUGCGAUAAACGUGAUUCCUGACAGGGAUGAGCUCCAAUUUCCGGGAAGAGAAAGGGAGAGCCAAGCGACAUAGGUAAUCGUCGGAAUCUUGCGGGUUCAAGAAUACGAUUAAAUUUGUUCGUCGCGACGAACGAGCUGCAGGUGUUUCUUCUUGCGGAAGAGGUAUUUUACGUCACGUAAGUGAACCUAUCGGAGUACGUCCCGACGCGAGGUACUCCUGAUAACGAUGUGUCAAUUGCGAGUCAACAACUCAGAGUAUGGAAUCGUUAACAAGUGAAUGGAAGACGAGAGAAAUUAGAAAGAAAGUAAAAUCAAUUCCAAGAAUACCACGAAACGAGGGAUUCGUUGUAGGAAGAUUUUGAUAUCGAGUUCUCUGAGCUGAGAAGGAUAUUUGAUAUACGUGUCGAGAGGAUAAGGAGUAGGAAAGAAUUCGACGUGAAAGAGCAUUCGACUUUGUUUGACUUCCGUGCCAAAGCCCCGUGUAAAAACUAUUCUAUUCGUUUCGCGAACGAUGAGGAGCUUCGAAAGAUACGAUUUUACUUAUGGGAUUAAUCAAGGAUGAUCGUGAGAUAAAGUUGCACGUUAAACCGAUAAUUUCAUAAUGCUUUUCUUGAUCCUGCAACCAACCACUCGAUGGUACAAGUCGAAGGGAUUUGCUUUAGUUUUUAGACAAUCGUGCGUAUCGCGAGUUCCAUUCGAAAGAAGUGUCUUCGUUCAUCGAUACUUAUAUAGUCCCGUUGACGAAACGACAGGACGAUAUUCUGUUGUCAAUGAUAAACCAGGGGGCAACCAUUUUCGAGUACGUUUGUAGAGAUAUCGUAGACCUAAGCGAUUGAGAAUCAAUUUUUUUAAAAAUUGUUAAAAGUCGUAGACACUAAGCGAACACAUUGAGUAGUUAAGGAUAGGUCUCGUUGAUUAGAACGCGAGAGAAGUUUCUGUUAUCCGCUCACCCACGCCAAUGGAACACCAAACUGCAAUAAUUAACUCGUACUAAUGAUCGUAAUAGAAACGCGAGUAUAUAUCGAAAUUGCGCGGUUCGUUUAAAUUUCGAAUAUCGAGUGGUGCAGGAAAUUUUUCAACCUCUGUAGCGCCCUUCGUUUCCCAAGUAUCGUGGGUACACCUGUAACGUUUACCUGAGUUCUCGAAACAUAGAUUUCAAGUUGGAAAGUUCUCGCCACUCUCUAUCAUAACUUGUGUCUUUAAACUUGGUUAGUUGUCUGUUCAAGCACAGUAAUUCACUCAGAAUGACGAGUGAUACUUACCUGAAUAUACUUUUUCUUUCUAUUUUUUCCAAGUAGCGAAUCAAACGAAUUAGAGUGGUCGAUUUAGGACAAGCUAAUCUAUGAUAAGAAUUUGUUGACUGUUAUUCUCUCUUCGUAGCACUGACACGGUCACUUGUCAAUUGGUGAAAUCCCUCGUCACGGUGUUUUUAAUAAGGAUCGAUGAUGCGUAGGUUGCUAGGCACGUUCCUAUAACAACUGUUACUCGGUAAUUAAUAGACUGCGGAACUUUAUACAAAAUAAUAUGAACUUUACUUUCAAUAUUUUAUAUGUAUCAUUGGCUACUAUAUUUAUUCUAUAGUUUCUUGCACGUUCAGAUUUCCUGUAAAUGCAUAAGAAUACGCAGUCUAGUAAUUAUGUAUGAUUUAUAGUCUGUAAACAUAGUGGUUGCAGAUUGAGAAGAAUCGAGACAGAUUUCAAUGUACUACUACCAAUCUGCUUUCCCUGUGUCACAUCUUAAGUAACUGUACCAGGCUAUAACUCUAAUUAUUAGUCUGCGGAUCUUUAUGCAAAAUAAAAUGUUUGCAAACGUAUCUACUAAAAUUGAACCUGAAUAGGAAUUUAUUUUAUUUUGCAAGUAUUAUAAUGCCAACUUUACUUUCAAUAUUUUAUAUGUAUCAUUGGCUACUAUGUUUAUUCUAUAGUUUCUUGCACGUUCAGAUUUCCUAUAAAUGCAUAAGAAUACGCAGUCUAGUAAUUAUGUAUGAUUUAUAGUCUGUAAACACAGUGGUUGCAGAUUGAGAAGAAUCGAGACAGAUUUCAAUGUACUACUAUCAAUCUGCUUUCCCUGUGUCACGUCUUAAGUAAGCAGGCUGUAACUGUAAUUAUUAGUCUGCGGAUCUUUAUGCAAAAUAAAAUGUUUGCAAACGUAUCUACUAAAAUUGAACCUGAAUAGGAAUUUAUUUUACUUUGCAAGUAUUAUAAUGUCAACUUUACUUUCAAUAUUUUAUAUGUAUUAUUGGCUACUAUGUUUAUUCUAUAGUUUCUUGCACGUUCAGAUUUCCUAUAAAUGCAUAAGAAUACGCAGUCUAGUAAUUAUGUAUGAUUUAUAGUCUGUAAACACAGUGGUUGCAGAUUGAGAAGAAUCGAGACAGAUUUCAAUGUACUAUUACCAAUCUGCUUUCCCUGUGUCACAUCUUAAGUAACUGUACCAGGCUAUAACUCUAAUUAUUAGUCUGCGGAUCUUUAUGCAAAAUAAAAUGUUUGCAAACGUAUCUACUAAAAUUGAAUCUGAAUAGGAAUUUAUUUUACUUUGCAAGUAUUAUAAUGUGAACUUUACGUUCAAUAUUUUUUUAUAUUAUUGCAUACUGCGUGUAUACAAAUUUCCUAUGAAUGUAUAAAAAUCCACAGUCUUAUGGUAAUAGCCUGAUAUUCGCGUUUAUUUCAAGGGUUUUCGUGUGCUCUAAGCUCAUGUUUUGAAUUCGUCAACCCCAAACGGGCAAUCUACGAGAGUGUUACCUGCUAAAUUUUUACACGGCUACGAUUCUACCGUUAAAAGAUUGAAAGUAUGCUACAAUCAAGGAUCCGUUACCUAUUGUUCCUAAGAAGCGUGAAAGCGUAAAUGUAAGUGUGAGUCGAAUGAACGUUUCUCGAGUGUUUGACUCGUCGCAUAAGCUACUAGAUUCUCCCCAUAAGUUCCCGGAUACUUGAUACUUGAAUUUUCGACAUUUGAUCCAAAUCGGAAUUGAACAAUUGGCAGAAUGAUGGAUGAAAACUAUCAGAAACGAUGGCAUUUAUUUUGAAGAAUAAUUAUUGUUUGAUUACGAUGUUAUUAUAAAAUGAUUUAUUUGCAGCAAGUGUCCGGGAAUUUAUGAGACAACCUAGUAAAAUAAACAGAUUUCCGUGCACGAAGUCGGUGCAAAGCCAUUUUUCCCGCCAAAAACAAACCGCACCGCCAUUUUCGCUAAUCUCAAUUCUGAAGUAGUAAUAUGGCUUCGGUCAGUCAACGCCAAAAUCAGAGAAAUUAUGUAAAAAAAAAAAAAGAGAGAGAAACAAAUCCAGUCUUCAGCACUUUCUGGUUAUUCGAAGUCACUCGAAAUCGUAAACGGAAUCUCAAUCGAAUUUUUUUUUCUUUUAUUUGAAAAACCGAAAGUUUGUUGACCUCGAAGUGCAUCUUGUACACCGUAUUCGAUCUUAAUGUUAAACGAGUUUUGUAUGUUUUCUAAGAAAAACCAAAGAGGACCCUCGAUGGAGAAACAACGAACGUUAUAUUAAACUUUUUCUACGCAGCCAGAAAUAUUCUUCGUGUCGCUUAAAGUAACGGGUGGCUUCAAUUCUGCCAAAGUCAUCGUUGUUCAUUUUCGUACCAAUCGAGAUUUCUAACUGUUUACUUUGAGAAAAGAAAUUAAGACGAUGAUUUUGACAGUGUUAAGCUUCCAAGAAUUUGUUAAAUUUUUAUCUCAAUGGAAAAUGUCGAAUGUUCACGGUUACUUCUGUUUGAAACGUUGAAAAAGGAAUAGGGUGGAUCUAAAGAUCUAAAGUUUGUCUAAGAAAAACGCUAUGGCAAUUCCUCUUUCGGUUACUCGUUCCAAUAAGUACGAGCAGCUUACAAAAACUUUUCAUUGGUUGUGUCGGUGCUUCAAACAACCGUUUCAUUUUCUUUAGACCAUUCUGGAUGAAUGGUAAUUUAUACUUUCGUAGACCAACCAUUUGACACAGCUUGUUCCUCAGUAAUCUGUAAUUUAGAUACAUAUCGUACGUGCUUGUUGGUCGUUCGAAGUUGGAGCAACUAUCAAACUUGAGGUUUCUAAGUUUAAGAUCUCCGUGUCCCUGUAUCUAGGAAUCAGACAUGCUGCGUGAUUUGAAGGAGCAUGUGCACGGAAAGAAAUUUGGACACCAAGCAUUGCCAGUUAUCACAACUAAAAAUAAUUCUAAUAAUAAAGAAGUGGUAUAUCGGAAUUAGAUACUUCACAGCACUAGCAAUAUCAAGCUAGAAUAAUACUGGACUCUCGAUGCAAUACUUCUGUGUUAUUAGAACUUGUACUGGAAACAUUACGACUCCAAAUUUCUUUUCGCGUAGAUUUUAGUCUAAAUCGCGAGCGAUCGUAGCUGUAAAUCGAAAAGAACCUAGUCAAUUGAUGAUCAUUAGAAGUAAUAUAGAGUGUAAUUAAUACAUUGGACACUAGAACUAACUCGUUCAACACCCGUAGCCCAAAGGUUUCCGAUCGUGUUCUUUAAACUUUAUAUCGAAUAUAUGAUUUGUCGCUUCUUUGUUACACUUCCAAAGUGCAUAAAAUUGCGGAGAUUCGAACUUUACAUUAAUUUUAUAUCUUAAGGGUGCGCAGGACCCAGAGCCAAACUCCGAGUUGACUUCAGCGACAGUUGCGGAAAAAGUAGGAAACUUCGGGAUAAAGACAGAGAGAGCGAUACAACAAUUGCAGGAGAGACGAGGACAGGACGAUUAGGCUAGCAUGAUUUUUUUCCAGGAUAUUGAAGCAAAGAAGCAAUAUUUUCUAAUAAUUCUGGUUUUAAUAUAUUCGUUACACUUUGGGAGAUGCGACUCCAAGGCUUGAUUUUGCAAUUUCGGCCUUAAAACUUUAUAAACAAUAAAAUGAAGAUAGCAAACAUACUUUUAUUGCUUAUAAAGUUUUAAGGCCGAAAUUACAAAAUCUGUCCUCGUCUCUCCUGCAAUUGUUGUAUCGCUCUCUCUCUCUGUCCUUGUUCCGCAGUUUCCUACUUUUUCCGCAACUGUCGCUAAAGUCAACUCGAAGUUUGGCUCUGGCUCCUGCGCACCCUUAAUUGAUCAAACGGAAACUCUCGAUGCAAAUGAACCCUUUGCACUAUCUUUUGCGCCUGUAGGUAAAGUUCGUUCGAUUCGGUUCUUAUCACGGUUAGCCACGAAUAAAUCUCGUCGACGAACGUAACACUUGCGUCGAGAUAUCAAAAAAUGAUGCUAGUCGAUAAAGUUAGGUGAAACUUAGCGUAAUGGUCAUUGGACGAGAGGCACGAAUAACGAAUCAAAAUUUGUUACGAUAGUUAAGUAGCUAAUAUGGAGUAUCGGUUAGUUAGUAGCGGAUACGAUACAAUUGUUAAGCUUAAAGGCACUUUUUUAUGACGAAACCUAAAUAAUUAGAGAGUAAACGAUUCGCGGUCGAUUAGCGUUAAUGUAUUAUCUCGUAUAUUCGGUAUGUCGUUAAAGUAUUCGAACGACUGUCGCGAAAAUAUACAACUGGAAUGGAUUUUGGAAUUUUUUAGCGAUCGUUUAAGAUCUAGCAAGACAUAUCUAAGUAUACCGAGGCCAUUUAUUAGUUGUCACGUUAAACUCUCGAGGCCUAAAUAUUAUACACUUUGAUUCUUAAUUAUUAUUAUUGCACACUAAAAUUGUAAUAAUUUUAAAACUACGUUUUCUUCUACAAGUUCUAUUUACAGUCUGUCUCAUAAGAGCGUGUCUGUUAUAUUUCUGUGAAUCUUUAUAUAUUUAUACAAAAUUUUAUAUGGGUCGAAUCUACACCUAAAACACUAAUACGCAUAAUUUCAGCAUUAUUUGUGCAUUCAGAUCGCGAGUGAAGAUACAUAAAGUGCCGAAACCUCUUGCGAUAAAGUAACUCCAAACAUUCACUUUUACAGGGUGUUUCGCACUUUUCUGUAUUAUUCUUUUUCUACGGACAGACCAAGCAUGUCUAAUAGGACACCGAGCCCAAAACGAAGAUUCAUCACUGAACACUGUAUCGCUCCAAUUGCAAUCACUACUUUCGUGACCAGAUACCAGACAAUUUUUGGCAAAUAUAAUUGCUAACGGAGGAUAUUGGACACCUUACUAGGUAAAUGCGUAUUCGUGCUUUAGGUGUAGAUUCGACCCAUGUAAAAUUUUGUACAAAUAUAUAUAUAUAAAUAUAUAAUACAGUCGGUGUAAGAAGUAUUUGUACAGCAACCAAUUUGAAAUAAAUGGUUCCUGUACGAAUAGUUAUUACACUGACUGUAUAUAUAUAAUAUAAUAAAUAUAUAUAAUAUAUAUUUACAAAAAUAUGUAGUAAUUUACUUACAAUUGACUGUAAGUAAUUCAGUAUCGUCCAUCACGGUUUUUGACUGCAAACGUUCGAAUACUUUAACGAUCCACUGCGUCUAGAUGCUCCGCAGUGUACGUUAAUUAAUUCUCGUACUGCCAAUUUUCCAUUAGACCGAACAUCGUUAAAAAUGGACAUACCGCGGGAUAAGGGGAACUUCUUGAACAUGAAACAAGCACUGUUCGUAGAUCACCGUUAUCCUCCUUUACCCAGGCCUUUCUCCAUUUACUCGUAGCGUUCGUACUCGCGAUCUUUGUUCGUUAGAUCAGAGAUUAGGUAUCGGCGACGAAACUGACUCGAUCUCGAGCGGUAUUCCAGCGAAAAUUGUAUCUUUAGGUCAGAUCCUCGCCAACGCGUCGACAACUUGUAUCUCGCAACAGUUGAAUUGUAAAUUCAGACGAAUAAAAGAGAAAUGUCGUUAUUGUUAA